AGACAGAAGGAAGUUAUUAUGAGGAAAGCCAAAGAAUACAGGAAAGGACUGGAUAUCUUACUCAGAUGCCUGGUGAAACUCCGGUCACGAUCACAGAAUUGGUUGCCCAGAAAGACCGGAUAUAUCGAGAAGAGAAAGAGCUCAAAGUAAAAUAUGCCAAGGUCAAAGCCUUUCAAGGUCUACCGCCGAAUUUAGAACUUGCUCGAAUCGAGUUAAUCCAAGCUCAGGAUGAACAAAUGAGACUAGUCCAACUUCGUGAACGGCUACUUGGAAGAAUGGCUGAUGCUGUCUCAGUUGUCAUACUUGAUAAAUAUACUUAAGGUUGCUUAAGCAUAGCAUCUUCUUGAAGUUUGGGACGUAAUAUCAUACCUCGUAGUUCGAUCGUGGCCAUCGGCGCAGCCUUAACAAUAGCAGCCCUUCAUGUGUGUUCUCGGCAUAGAUCUGAAACUGCUAUGUUGCGAACCAGUCGUGCAUGCGG